AUGGAGCGCCAGAUGAAGGUAUGCGUCGUGGGAGCCGGAGGUUCCGGACUGCCCUGCAUUCAUUGGGCGAAGAUCUACGGCUUCGACGUCACGUGCUUCGAGGCGUCCGAGGAUAUUGGCGGGCUGUGGAGGUACAAGGACCACUCGACGAAUGAAUCCUCGGUGAUGAAGGGCACCGUCAUCAACACGAGCAAGGAGAUGACCGCCUACUCGGAUUAUCCCCCCGCGGCGGACAUCCCCAACUACAUGCACAACUCGAAGCUAAUGCAGUACUUCCGCGACUACGCCCGCGAUUUCCACCUGAACCCCCACAUCAAGCUGAAGCACAAGGUGCUCAACAUAGAGCGUACCGCGGAUUAUAGCAAGACUGGACAAUGGAAGGUUACGUACGAAAAUCAAUUCGAAGCUCAGCACGAAGAGAUAUUCGAUGGAGUAUUGCUAUGCACCGGCCAUCAUGCUGAUAACAACAUGCCGAAGUGGGAAGGGAUGGAGACGUUCCCGGGCAAAAUCUUGCACAGCCACGACUACAAAAGCCCGGAUGGCUACGGAGACAAAACGGCCGUCGUAAUUGGCGUCGGCAACUCGGGCGUCGACGUCGCCUGCGAGCUGGGCAGGGUGGCGAAACAGACGUAUCUGGUCAGUCGACGAGGCGCCUGGAUUUUCAGCCGGAUGAAGGGAAAUGACAAGUGCUUCGACAUGGAGCUCAAUAAUCGCUUCAUCGCGCUGAAAUUCCUGAAGGUGGUCCCGAUGCGAAUCCUGGAAAAGAUGGUCGAGCACGACGUUGACAGCCGCUUUGAUCACGAGAAAUUCGGGCUCAUGCCGAAACAUCCGAUUUUCAGGUUUUUAACU